UCUCUCCCUCCCAUUUCAGUCUGUCUUAGUCUUUCAUUCUUUUACUGCUUCACUCUUUUAUUGCUUCACUCAAUGCAGCUAAACUUCAGUGUUGACAUCAGGUUUCUGUCAGAGGGAUAAAGACAUCGGAUCUUAAGACUCAUUUGAACUGAACUAAGAGGAACACGCUCAACAAUAGCUGGAGGACUUUAAAUCUAAAACAGUCAGGAAGAUGAGUUUUAGGAUGUGACAUUUGAUGCCCAUAAGAAUCGAGAAAUGACCUAAAAUCUUGCUGGCUAAUGCUCAAUAUGAGGUCCAGAAUGAAAGAAGUUUUUUGGAGUGGCGUUUUGCCGCUGUUUCUCUGGACAUUCGUAAGCGGACAACCGUCCUGUCAUGUAGAGGCGAUAAGAACAGAGCUACAAACUCCAAAGGAAAUACCAACCAAGCUGACCUUCAACAGUGCCUUUAUGUCUCCGAUUGUACAUUCAUUCCUGGGCUCUGUCCAGCCCAAUCCAUUCCCUAAAGAUCUGCUAAUUAGAAUGAUAAAAGAUAAGGAUUACAACACGGAGAAGGUUAAAGAGGUUUUGCAAUAUGAGAUAGGUUUCCUGGUCUGCGUGGCCAUUGGGAUCCUCUACAUUGUCCUGAUGCCGCUAAUUGGCCUAAUCUUUGCCUGCUGUCGUUGCUGUGGUAACUGCGGGGGCCGCAUGCACCAGAAGCAAACAACGAAUAUCCACUGCAAACGAAGAAGCUUUUACUUGUCCACAUUUCUCAUUACUGUACUUAUUCUGGCAGGGAACGUUUGCAUGUUCCUGAGCAGUACAAAUACUUCAGAGACUGUGAUGCACAGCCCCACAGAACUCACCGACAUCUUGGAGAAUGUCAAAGGAUAUCUUAACAUUAUUCCUAAGCAAAUCCAACAAGUGACGAAUGAGAGCUAUGUGACUGUGGAUACGGUCAAAAACAACUUAGUUGAAACAGGGCCUUUGCUUGGCAAAUUGAUCCAGAAUGGUCUUAAGGGUCACCUCGACCCAGCAUUCAACUCCACUACUGAAAUAGGCCAAGUGAUAAACAGCACCAGCAAUGGACUGCUGCAUCUAAAUAAAACCUUGGAGCUGUUGAAACCGAAGGUGGAUGCACUGCAAGCUAAUUUAUCUGCAGUGAGGCAGCGGAUUAACAACACGUUGCAUAUGUCAGACUGUGUAAACUGCACUUCCCUUCAGUCAGAACUGGAUAAACUAUCACUGGAUGGAAGCCUUGAAUUUCCUGAUAAAAAUGACCUGAGGUCUGCUGUAGACAAGGCUAUAAAUGCUGAUGUCAUUGGACAGGCAAAUAAGGGGAGAGACUUUUUUGACAGUAUACCAGAAAAGGUGAAAAAUGAGACCAGACUAAGUGUGCAGGUGGCUCUAUUGGAGCUUGAAACAUUAAAAACCCAGAUCUCAGGUGUGACUAAAGACCUUCCUCUUGAUGUGCUGAAUACUAUCUCAGCACCACUAACAGACGUGCAGAAAUCGAUCAAAGAUUUUUCUCCUCCUAUAGAGAGAUCAAGUCAAAUCAGCCGGGCUGUUGGAUUGAUCCUGAGCUGUCUGAUUUUGCUGGUGGUGAUCUGUAAUUUUCUGGGUCUGCUGCUGGGUAUAGCUGGACUAAAUCCUAAAGACAAUCCCAGUGAACGUUCCGGUGCAUCCAACUGCGGAGGAAUAUUUUUCAUGGCAGGGGUAGGUUUCAGCUUUCUGGUCUCCUGGAUCUUCAUGUUAGUGGUGUUGAUACUUUUCAUAGUGGGAGGUAAUAGCUACACCCUGGUUUGUAGACUGUGGCAAAACAAGGAACUCAUCCAGCUUAUUGACACUCCAGGGCUGAUUCCAGAUUUCAACCUGUCCAAGGCUCUGAAUCUGAAUACAAACCUGAAGAUUGUUAAUGUGUACAGUGACUGUCAAAAGAAUAAGCCCUUGUGGACCACAUUUCAUCUGAAUGAGAUCUUCGACCUAAAUAGUAAAUUAGAUGUUUCAGAGUACACCCAUGAGAUUUAUCAGUCCUUUGAGGGGGCACAAAUCAACAUAGCAAACAUCACCAUCCUCAGUCCAGAGGUAAAGUCCCAGCUAAACAACUUCUCUAGCAGUGCCAGCAGUAUGAACUUCAGCAACAUCAUACAGCAGAUUAAUGAUGUGUCAGGGACUAAUCUGAGUUUAGUAGCAGAAAGUCUGGAUAUCUUGGCUGGCAAACAGAGUAACCAAAAUAUAAAAGACCAACUGCAUGGGGAAGCAAAAGAUCUGCAAGACAUCCAGACAGAGAUCACGUCUCACAUUAUGCCUUUGCUGGUGUGUUAA